AUGAAAGGUCAGGGAUUAGAACCACAACCGCUUGUUUUUCUUUCAUCCCCUCCUAAAGAUCAUACAAACCAAACGACGAGUAUGAUAAGAACUCAAGACCUUCCUAAUACAAUAGGUACACAAUCGAAUGAACAAACUUAUUCAUCCACUGAUCAUCUCAUCAAUGCACUGAUUAAUGAACUCAAUUCAGGCACUAAACCGUUAGAGGUUUCUGUAAAUAUAGCUGAAGAUAAUUCAAAAAGUGUGUCUGUUGAUAUAAAGGAUGCCAUUCAAACAGAUAAUAGAAAUAAUUUAGAUCUGAAUGAUCAAAAGAUGAAAUCGUUUUUGCCUAAUAAAGUUGACCAACCACUGAAAAUAAUUUCUGAUGAUUUUAAUCAAGGUGACUUACCACAUUCUAGCAUAGGCACCGAUGAAAUUCCUCCCAAGAUAACCGUUAGUACCACAGUCACCACUUUACGUUAUAGUCCUUACCCUUAUUCAACUAUUGCAGUUUCAAAGACUGAUCUGAAGCCUGAGGAUUGUGAGUCUAACAGAUCGGAUGUUAAUCGUAAAUUUGACGAAAAAAUGCUUUCGGAUACUCAGAUGUCAUAUCAAAUUCCUGGUGUUACUACAUUGAAACCGAUGAGUCUUGGUGUUACCACACAAACUGAACUGGAUGCUUACAAACAGGAUAGCAGUCAAGUCUAUGUGAAUAGCCACAUCCCAGGUUCAUCGUUUGAAGUUACUGUAACCGAGAUAGUGAAACUGGAGGAUACAAACGGUUCAACUGAUACAAACACGAAUCCAGUAGGUAAAUAUGAUUCACAUCAAGUUACUUUUGUCACUUCAGACCGACAAUUACCAAGUCUCUCUACAGAUUUCAGCACGACAAAAAAUUCAGUAAGUGGCAUAAAUGAAGUUUCACAACAUCAUGAUGAUUAUGAUAUGGUUUCACCUGACAGUUACACAUCAAUUUCAACGAAAACAACAGUUAACAUAAACUUGAUUGAGCGUAAAUCUUCGGAAAAUAAGUCAAGGGCUUCUCAAACCAUAAAUAGUUCAACUCCUUCAGAGAGCUACUUGACAACUUCACUGCUUCAUUCUACACCACCUGAUAAUUUAGACUUUGUGCAAUCCUCCACUUCAGCCCCAUAUCCAACUACAUAUCCCUCUUCUGCUAUGAUAACCUCCAACACAAGGCGAAUGUUUCAUCAAAUUUAUAAAUGUCGUCAUCUUCAUACAUCCGUCAUUAUGAAUAUGGAUAAUGAGAGUGAUAGUUGUAAUUCAAUGUGUGAUUUAUGCAAGCAUAUGAGUAAUUUACAUACACUUAUUUCCAGUUUGCAAUCACAUCUUUUAUCGAAUCGACAAAACCGAUUGUCUAAUCUGUUACCGAUUGACAUAGAAUCAUUCACACAAUCAUCUUCAUUAAUUUCAUCCUUAUCUACCUAUUGGUCACCAAUAAUUAAAGAGUAUUUAUCAAUUAUAUGUGAAAUUAAAUCGGAACUUAACUCAUUUCAAUCAUCAUCACCAUCAUCAUCUGCUUUGGAGUAUAAAAUCAUUCAUUUACCUGAAUAUAAAUCAAUGGAUGAUCUUCUAAACAUUUGGAAUUGUAGACUACAAGACUUUUUAUGUCUGCGAUCAUCGAAUAUCUCUAACUCGGGUGUAAAUAUACCACAAACACGUUGGCUUACAUUAUUCAUCAGUUUAAUACAACAUAAUGAAAUUCAAGUGGAAUAUUUAAAGUCAGUCUUCACAAGUUUAAUACACUUUAUACAAAAUGAGAAUGAUGAAACAAUGAAGCAUGAAUUAGAAGUACAUAACAAUGAAAAAAGUUAUUUGUCUAAUAGUUGUAUACCGGGAAUUGUAAAAGGCGAAAGCCAUCCAUACCAUAUUUAUCAACAUCUUCCAACAGAAAUUUUGUCAUUAUCAUCAAAGCAUCAAUAUUUAGAUGAUUUAAAAAGUAGGUUAUUCUCUCAUGAACUUCUUGAUCAAGAAAAGUCUAUGUUAUUACCACGACAACUGUCACCAUCAUCAACACACUCUAUUCUUGUUGUACCAAAUGACAACAUUACUCAGUCAUUGCAGCCUAAAACAGAAGAGAAAGAUGAUUCACACAGAUCUUCUACGGUCUUUACUACUACUGACGUUUGUAUGAUGCAUGAUGAAGAUGAGGAAUCACAGAAAUCUCUAGAAGUGCACAAUUCUGAUCAUAUAUCAUUUGGACAAGACUUAUCUGGUCAAAUACAAAGCAGUGGCAAGAAUGGGAAAAGUAUUCAAAAUGCUGAAAUAUUGAAGGAGUUUAAUGGGGGAGAUAGUGAUCAAACACAGUGGAUUACUGUGCAAAAAAGGAAAGUCAAGAAGGCUAAAAAACACAAGUGCAAGAACCAGGACCAAGCACGUGGAAGGAAGACUACUACUGAAACUACUACCACCACUACUAGCAUUAUUAAUGACAAUAACACUAACAAAGGUGAUUUUACCGAUAAUGAAGAUGCACGUGACAAAACUGCUGAAAAUAUUCAAACACAUCCUAGUAUAUAUCCACCAGGGGUACCUGACGCUGUACAUCCAUGUGGCUUGAUAUUAGAAAGUAAAAUUCAAACAGCUAAAAGCGAAGAUACUGGUGAAAGUGAACCUUGUGUAGAUCAAUCGCGCAUCUCAUUCUGCCUAAGAUCUGCAACUCUAAAUUCACGAUUGUUACCCAGUUUUCAUGAGACUUGUUUACGAGGAUCUGAUGAGAUGAAGUCUUAUGUAACUGAAAAUGAUGAAGUAAAAUCGAAUGAUGUCUUAAAUGUUCUGCUGCAAAACUCUUCUAUUAACGGAGAUAAUCAAGGGACUAUAUGGGGAAGGGGAUCAUUGCAAACAAGUGAUUCAAUUGAGGAUAACGGUACAGUGAAGGAUUUUAAGCCUAAUAUCACAGAUACUAAUUUAGAAGAGAAAGUUAGAAGACAUGAAACAAUGACUUAUACAAACAAGUCGAAUGAUCUAGCGUCAUGGAUUACCAUACAGUCGGAUAGUUCACCAUCAGUGACAGAUAUAAAUACUGUUAGUGGUGUGAAUGCUGGUGAAAAGAAACUUUAUCGUUUCCAUAAUAUUUCGAAUACAUUUCCUGAAGACAGUAAACAAAGUUCUAGAAGCUGUGUGACUGUAGACACAGAAAUAAAACAAGAAGGUAGUAGAAGUGAUGCUUACAGUACUUCUAGUGAUGUAUUUAAUCGAGAGAUAAUCAAGCCAGCCGUUGAAUUUGAUCUUCCAGUAAAAUCAGAGAAGUGCAUGAAAGCAGAUAAGAAACAUUUUCAAGGCUGGCUACAAAGUCCAACCAAUGCGGAUUUGAAGUCACUUGAACCAGUAGUUACAUGUAACAGAAAUUCUAAGGAUAUUGAUAGUUCAAUUACAGGAUCAAAAAAUGUACUAUCUCAACCUCAACGACAGAUAAAAAUCGAUUUCCUUCCUGAUAAGAGGACAGGAAGAAAAGAUACUAAUGAUCAGUUAGAUCAAGAAUUAUUACCGGAAGAAAAAAAACAUUCCUUUCCUCGAUCAAGUGUGUUCAAUGAAGCAAUAAAAAAUGAUGAAAGUAUUUCGGCUGAUGUUUAUGAUUCACACAAAAGUGAAUUGUAUUCAUACCACCCAGAAAAUGAUUCAGAUAACAGACAAACUUUAGGAUCUAAUGGGUCAGCGUUAGUCACCAGUAAGUUUGUUAAAACUAUCACCAAGAUUGCUAACAGUGAUUUCACUUCUGACGUCAGUUUGCCAUCUUCCUCUUUGUCUGUGUCGAACGAAAAAGACCACGUUACGCAUAAUUUUGUAUCAACUAAAAGAAAAAUACGCAAGGUAAACCGUACAGCUAUCAAUCGUCGUCAAGACAAGAGUAUUAUGCCUGGUGAGCUAAAGCCAACUGCUGUAAACAAUCAAUCGCCAACAAACCAGAUGAAUAAUUCACAAGAUCAAUUAACCCAACAUACCACUGUGUCUGUCAAAUGCAAGAACCACUCAGAAUCAAACAGUGGUGCAUCAUCUCAUUCGUCGUCACCAAGACUAGUACAUACUUUAGGAACACCAACAACAAUAUCACUAAAGCCUAGCUGGUCGAACAGUUAUCAGAUCAGUUCUAGUUCUGAUGAAAACAAAAUACAUAAUAAUAUUAUUGAUGAAGUUAGCACUCCUGUUUAUCAUCAGCAUGAGUUCCUUCGGAAUGUUGAACGUUACCCAACAUCGGUUGUACUGAAUACAACUGCAAUUUCUUCUCAUGAAAUUGCUCAAAGUCAUUCGAAUAUGUUCAGUCCAACGAAUAAUCGAAUUCAACGAGAAAAAAUAAAGUUGACAUUUUCGACACCUUCGACAUCACCACUAUCAUUACAGACUACCGAUGAUGAUGAUUCUUACCUACCUACAAAUAAAUUAAACAUUGAUGAACAUGAAGUAUUUAAAAAAUCAAUAACUGGGGAUAAAUAUCAUUUAAUUGAUACAAACAAAUCCUUAACCGAUGCAGAACAAAGUGCAUUUAAACAAAGAACACAUUUAAACAGAUCAUCAGUAUGUGAUGCAGUAACCAGUCCAUAUGAUAAAAGUGAUUCGUUGAAGAAAAGACAGAAAGUCGAUUUUACUAGUCUGUCGAAAUAUCAUGAUUUAUACAGUGAUGAUCUGGAUGUUAACAGUAGUUGGGAUCAACAUGGAUUUCACUCGUUCUCACAGCAUCGUUACCGGGAUACACAUCGUAAUCGUCGUCUUCGUCAUGAACAACAACAUCCUUAUCAUCAUUCAGAACAAGUAGAAAGUGUUCGUGUUUUACGCCAAACUCCUAUUAUCAAGGAAAAUGAACUUCUGAAUACAUCGUUGACUGGUUUCAAAAGGUUUGGAAGUGAUGUGCACAUAAGCAAUCGAGUGCAUUCAUCAUCGCCUGAACUGUUCCACCCUGACAAUCGAAUGAGUGAUUCAUUUCUGACCAGUAAUAUUGUGGGCUAUUCAGAGCUUCAAAGACGACAGAUAACAUCAACAGAUGCCUCUGGUGAAGUGUCUUCCCUAAGAAGUGGAGAGUCAAUUCCUGCUAAAAUGAGUAAAACACGACGAAGAUUUUGUCGACUAUUACCGUAUCUAUUACUCAUGUUGCCAAUCCUCUUUCUUUUCUUCUUAAUACUGUGUAUUUUCUUCAUUCCUGGCUGUCCUCUACUUCUACCAUGGCUUAAAUGUAAUGAGAAAAGUCCUACUGGUGAAUGGUUUUAUAGUCCAUUUGUUUUAUUCCAUGUCAAUGACCCGCCAUUUUAA